AUGAGCGCCGCAGCCCAGACUCCGGAGCCCGACCCGCAGGAGGGGGGAGGCGGGCAUGGCCCCGGCCCAGCCCCGGAGGGCAGCCCGCAGGAGGAGUUGGACUUCUCCAUCCUCUUCGACUACGACUACCUGAAGCCGAUCGAAGAAGAACCGACUCCACAUAAAACCAACAGCCCAACCUCUGGAGUUACAUACGCUCAUGAUGUCUUGGACUGUGGCCUCAAGCCAUGCCCCCUGCCUUUUUCUAGCCUUUCUGCAGAUCCCAUGGGCAGAUAUGGACAGCCAGAUAGCAUAGGGACAACACCUACAUACCCUGCCAACGCUGCAGGGCCCUCUGCUCCAAGCCCUAGGAUUGAAAUUACUCCAUAUCAUGAACUGAUUCAUUCAGGGGGUCCCUUCCGCAGCAGAGACACAGAUGUUCUUUUGGUAGAACAUCAGGCAAACUCAGCUACCACUAGCCCAAGGGUUACCCUGCCUGUCCCUGGCUUUGAGGGCUACAGAGAACCACUGUGUUUGAGCCCAGCUAGUAGCGGCUCCUCUGCAAGUUUCAUUUCAGAGACAAAUGUAUCUCCUUGCACAUCACCAUGUGUUUCACCAAAUAAUGGUCCUAGUGAUGACCUUUGUCCACAGUUUCAAAACAUCCAUACUCAUUAUUCUCCUAGAACCUCUCCAAUAAUGUCACCACGAACAAGCAUCACGGAGGAAACCUGCUUGGGACGACAUUCACCAUCACCCUGUCCCAACUCAAGGUCUUCAUCACCAGGUGCAAAACGAAGGUAUUCUUGCACUGAGCUCUACAAUACCCAGCUGCCCUCCACUUCUCCACGACACUCAAGGACCCCCUCUCCACAAUCCUCUCCUCGCAUCCCCUUGAGAGAAGACAACUCUUCAGUUACAUACACACAGUUGCCCAACGCUUCUCUUUCCAUGGAUGCUAUGAGCAGCCUUUCUACAGAUCCUUCCUGUGGUGUUCCCACGAAAAUUUGGAAAACCAGCCCUGAUCCUUCAUCAAUGCCUUCCCACAAAAACAGCAUUCCAUGUCACGUCUUUCAGACUGUUGACUUCCAUGGGCCUUGUGAGCAGGAGGACAGAAGAAACACAGCCCCAGAAUCGAUUUUGUUGGUACCUCCAUCCUGGACAAAACAACUGGUGCCUGCAAUACCUAUCUGCAGUUUACCUGUCCAGUCCCUGCCGCCCCUGGAGUGGCCACUCUCCAGCCAGUCUGGCUCCUAUGAGCUGCGCAUUGAGGUGCAGCCAAAGCCCCACCACCGGGCACACUACGAGACUGAGGGAAGCAGAGGGGCUGUCAAGGCACCCACUGGAGGCCACCCUGUUGUCCAGCUUCAUGGCUACAUGGAGAACAAACCUUUGGGUCUUCAGAUCUUCAUUGGGACAGCAGACGAGCGGAUACUUAAACCUCACGCUUUCUAUCAAGUCCAUCGCAUUACGGGAAAAACUGUCACCACCACCAGCUAUGAAAAAAUCAUUGGCAACACCAAAGUUUUAGAGAUCCCACUGGAACCCAAAAACAACAUGAAAGCAACCAUUGACUGUGCGGGGAUUCUGAAGCUGAGGAACGCAGACAUCGAGCUGCGCAAGGGUGAGACGGACAUCGGCAGGAAGAACACCCGCGUCCGGCUCGUCUUCCGCGUGCACAUCCCCGAGGCCAACGGCAGGAUCAUUUCUCUGCAAGCAGCAUCAAACCCCAUCGAAUGCUCCCAAAGGUCUGCUCAUGAACUUCCGAUGGUUGAAAGGCAAGACAUUGAUAGCUGCCUUGUUUAUGGAGGACAACAGAUGAUCUUGACUGGACAAAAUUUCACAGCAGAAUCCAAGGUGGUGUUCACAGAAAAAACAUCAGAUGGGCAGCAGAUCUGGGAAAUGGAAGCAACAGUGGACAAAGAUAAGAGCCAGCCUAGCAUGCUUUUUGUAGAAAUACCAGAGUACCGUAACAAGCACAUUCGCACAGCUGUGAAGGUGAACUUCUAUGUCAUCAAUGGGAAAAGAAAAAGAAGCCAACCCCAGCAUUUUACCUAUCACCCAGUACCAUCAAUCAAAACAGAACCCAUUGAUGACUAUGAUCCAGCCUUAAUCUGCAAUACAGUACACAGUGGUCUGGGAACAGUAACACAGCCUUACUAUUCACAGCAUACAAUGGUCACCGAAUCCCCUUCCUGUCUUGUGGCCACUAUGGCUCCUUGCCAACAGUUGCGCUCAGGCCUUUCUUCUCCUGAUUCUCGAUACCAUCAGCAGAAUUCAGCAGCUGUAAUAUACCAAAGAAGCAAGAGCCUUAGCCCAAGCCAACUGGGCUACCAGCAGUCCAAUUUGAUGGCUACACCAGUUGCUAUUUCAGAUGCCCAUAGGUCAGUAUUGGUGCACGCUGGUUCUCCAGGUCAAACUUCAGCAGUGCUCCACCAUUCUCCAGGCAACCAGCAGUCUUCUCCAGUGAUUCAUUACUCUCCAACCAACCAGCAGUUGAGGUGUGGAAGUCACCAAGAAUUUCAGCACAUCAUGUGCUGUGAAAAUUUCACAUCCAAUGUUGCAAGAUCCAGCCAGCCCCAGGUCAGUCAAGCACAAAGGUUAAGUCCAAGUUCAUAUCCUACUGUGAUUCAGCAGCAGACAACCUCAGGCCAACGAACAGCAAAAAAUGGACCACCGGUUAGCGACCAGAAAGAAGUGUUACCAGCUGGAGUCACUAUCAAACAGGAACAGAAUCUGGACCAAGCAUACCUGGAUGAUGUUAAUGAAAUUAUCAGGAAGGAAUUUUCUGGACUCCCUGCCAGAAAUCAGACAUAGAAGAAGAUUUGUGAGACAACUUUUACUGAAUCCUUCCAUAACUGACCUCUUAGAUCCUUCCAAUGCCCCUGCAACCUCCUGCUUCCUUAACUGUUCAUCUCAAGGCACCAAUUCAAUGCAAGGAACAAUGUAUUGGCAUCAAGCUGACAGCCUUGACUAAGCAACUCGCCACCUCUCUCUGUAAACAUUGAGAAGGACACCCUUCCUUUCGUCCAAAGAUCAUAUUGUUCUCAUGUAACAGUGUAUCUGUCUGAGGAAACUCUUCAAGCCUGCUGCAAAAUACCUAUCUAUGUAUCGAUCUAUCUUAGGGAGAAGUGAUAUGUCAGCCCUGAACACCACACAGAGCAAGGGAGGUUAUAUAUUAGUGCU